AUGGGCACGAUCAAGGUUCUCAUCAUUGAUCAUUAUGAUUCCUACACCAACAAUAUUCUGCAACUUCUCCAAGGUACUCAGAAGGGUCAUGAUGGCCAGUCUUAUCCAGAGUGGAGUGCAUCUAUUAUUCGAUUCGACCAGUUCUCAUGGGAUCAUUUCAAAUCGGAAAUCCUCCCUCAUCUAGAUGCCAUCAUCCUAUCACCGGGACCUGGCACACCGCAGCGCGAAGCAGACUUUGGCUUCAAUGCUAGGCUUAUAAGAGAAGUCAACAUCCCCAUAUUGGGGAUCUGCCUUGGUCAUCAAGGUAUUGGUACAUCGUUCGGUGCCAAUAUCAUUCAUGCACCAAACAUCAAACAUGGCCAGAUCUGUCAGAUCCACCACCGCGGCACAGGAAUCCUCAGUGGUUUGCCGCAGAAGUUCGAUGGCGUAAGAUAUAAUAGUCUUGUGUUGGACAUUGAAGAUGUCCCACCGGAACUUCAGGUCACAGCAUGGACAUACGACCCAGAGAAUCCCUCCAAGAAGGUUCUGAUGGGACUUCAACAUCGGGAACGCCCGGUCUUUGGCACGCAAUGGCACCCAGAAAGCGUUUGCUCUGCUCACGGCAAGCAGAUUCUUUCAAACUUCCGAGACAUCGUCUUGGACUUUUGGGUGACUAGUAACCCAAGAAACCAAUGGACUAAGCGUAGGGUUCUUGAGAAUGCGUCGCUCCCUGAGCACAUUCUCCAGCAGAAUGUCGUUGAGCAAACCGACUUGGGCAAGAUACAGGUUGCAGAAGCCAACACAGCGCGACCGGCCUCACCCUAUUAUGUCAAGUCAGCUAGGAUUGGCAAAGGCCCAUCUGCAGAGAUUGUGUUCCAAACACUGUUUCGGGGUCGGUCCCUAGACGGUGAGGCGUGGCUUGAUAGCGCCAAGGUUCGAGACUCACACUCUCGCAACUCAUAUUUAUCGUGGGCCUCCUUCACACUGAGCUAUUCAACCAAGUCGAGACAUGUGUCUUUCUACCAGCACGGCAAAAACAUUAAAUCAGAGAGGUUGAGUGUUUCCUAUUGGUCCUGGCUGGAGCAGUUCCAACAGGAAACUAUCGUGGCCAACACUGAAACACUCCCUUCUGAGUCACUGGAUCAAGAUACAGAUGUUGGGCAGCCAUUACUACAGGUUGGGCUCAUCGGCUACUUUGGCUAUGAGCUCAAGAGAGAAUCACUACCUGGCUACCAGUUCACACCACCUGAUGAGAAGGAUGUCAGCUUAAAUCACAGCGAUAGCGAGCAACUCUUUGCAAACACUGUGCUUCGGCUCGAUAAUUAUACUGGAGAGUGGACGCUGUUCAGUCUGAUACGUCGAGGUGAGGAGGAUCCAAUCGGCAAUGUCAUUGGUGCCUCGAGCCAGAUAGGUAUCGACGAGGCCGAGUUUGACCUCUAUUUGAAUCGGGUCCGCGAGGUAUUUGACGCGCCACCAUCGCCACCAUACGUUGAAGCGCAUCCUUUGCCCAAUUUCGUCGCACUAGACAACGAAGCGUCCUAUUCCAACACAAUAUGGGCAGCCAAGGAGGCCAUCAAAGAAGGGGAGACAUACGAGCUUACCUUGACAACAAAGUUCAAGGCAAAGAGCCCGGAGGUAGAUCCCUACAGCCUGUAUCUUGACCUUCGGAAACGUAAUCCCGCGCCCUAUUCUGCCUAUAUCCAUUUUGCCGCCCAUGACAAAAGCAUCCUCUCAUCAUCUCCUGAACGUUUCAUCUCCAUCGAUAGCAAUGGAGUUGCAGAGAUGAAGCCAAUCAAGGGUACCCUUGCUGUUGACUCGGAUCCAGUUGAGGAUGAGAGGCGGAAGCAUCAACUUGCAACCGACGUCAAAGAGCUAGCCGAGAAUCUGAUGAUCGUUGACCUCAUUCGAUCCGACCUUCACAACAUUUCACCACCAAGCUCCAUUUCUGUGCCAAAGCUCUUGCAUCUUGUCACAACAAUACAGUCCCAUGUUGCUCCGUCGGUAGGAGGAACCAAGGUCAUCGAGCGCUGUUUCCCUCCUGGCUCCAUGACAGGCGCUCCAAAGCUUCGCUCAGUUCAGAUUCUCGACUCUCUCGAAGGUCAACGUGAGCGAGGCAUAUACUCCGGAAGUAUUGGCUACAUCUGUGCCAGCGGCACCGUCGACCAAUCCGUUGUGAUCCGCACAAUCGUCAAGUCUGGCAAUGAUCUAGAACUCGGUGCAGGAGGAGCGAUCACCUGGCUGAGCGAGGCGGACAAGGAAUGGGAUGAGGUCAUGGUUAAAGCGAAUGCUGUUGCUCGAGGCAAAGGAAGGGCGCAAGUGCCCGAUGUCGCUAUUAGUCACUUAGGCCCACUGGUGGAGGAAGAGGGUCAUCUGAGACACGAGCACCCACUGAGAGCUGCAAUCAGCGCGUGA